CUAUUGUCUCUUGUAGCGGCCAUGCCUUUUGGAUGUAUCAGUGUCCGCAAUGAGAAAACAUACAACUGCUUCUCGGAUAUCACAGACAAGUAUGAGAUUGGCCAGCUCCUCUGUUCGAAGGAGUUUUGUGAAAUAUGCCUCGCCCGAGAGAUGCAGACUGACCGUGUCUACGUCUGCAAAAAGUUCCUGAAAAAAGAUGGCCGAAAAGUGAGAAGAGCAGCAAAGAAUGAGAUAAUGAUACUAAAAAUGGUGAAUCAUCCAAAUAUCCUGCAGCUGAUCGAUACUUUUGAGACCAAGAAGGAAUUUUACAUUAUUCAAGAAUUGGCCACAGGAGGAGAUGUAUUUGACUGGAUCCUGGAGCAAGGCUAUUACUCUGAGAAAGAUGCCAGUAAUGUGAUCCGCCAGGUUCUGGAGGCUGUAGCCUAUCUGCACAACCUCCAUAUCAUCCAUCGAAACCUAAAGCUGGAGAAUUUAAUGUAUUACAAUCACAAUACUCACUCCAAAGUUGUCCUGCGAGACUUUUACCUUUCGUGUUUCGAGAGUGGAGAAAUUACAGAACCGUGUGGAACCCCUGAGUAUUUAGCCCCUGAGGUGGUGUCCCGGCACAGAUAUGGCCGUCCGGUUGACUGUUGGGCAGUUGGUGUUGUUAUGUUUAUCCUUCUUUCAGGGAACCCUCCUUUCUAUGAUGAAAAUGAGGAAGAAAACAGCGAGAAUCACAACAGGAAAAUUUUCCGCAAAAUUCUGGCUUGUGAAUAUGAGUUUGACUCGCCAUAUUGGGAUGUCAUCUCUGUAUCAGCAAAGGAUCUUGUGUCUCGUCUGAUGGAGAUGGACCAGGAACAAAGAAUAACGGCACAAGAGGCAUUAGGGCACAUCUGGAUUUCAGGAAACGCAGCUUCUGAGAGGAAUCUCAAAGAAGGUGUCUGCGCCCAAAUUGAAAAGAACUUUGCUAAAGCCAAAUGGAGGAAAGCCAUACGAGUCACCACCUUCAUGCAACGAUUGAGAGCUUCCGAAGGCACAGCUGGACGCCUUCCCGUCACCCCAAGAUCUUCCAUGAGUGUGUCCCAUGAAGUCACCGUGGACGCUUGUCCUUCUCCCCAGUCUUCCCCUUCUCAACACAGCAAUCCCAACAGAGUUCUGCAAACCGCUGACUGCGGAGGACAUUCAUCUGGGCAUCCAGAGCUUGGUGGUCCGCCUUAGGGCCCGCUCAAGCCAUCCGUUCACACGCAAACCAAAUCCAGAUCCAGUCAGACAUAUGUUUUUCUUAUGACAAAGUAAGUGGGCAACUUCAGCACGGACAUUUGCUAAAAAGAACACCUGACCUGGGAAGAGGGACAGACGGCCCUUGGGAACAAACCUAUGACUUGAAGAUAGAUCCUUGUCUUGCAGCAUGGAAACUGACCCCAGACAAGAUAUUGUUUACUAUGUGUCCUACUUCUCUCCUGGUUUUAUAAAAGUGACAAGACCAAAACCUUACUACUUGGUGACAUUCCACUAACUCUUGGGCAAACGUAUCCAAGACUGAUACCUAAUACUGCAAAGCCCACCAGUCAGCGGGUCUCAGGCAGACCUGCUCUUCACACUCCAUGUCCUUCAUAUCUUCAA